AUGCCCGCUUCGAAACUAGACAGUCGCAAGACGCCACAGCUGGGCAGCGAUGAUUUGGUCCCAUUCGAUCAUGUUGCUGCGGGCCAUGAGGGUGUCCGCUGCACCCAUUCCGGCUACAUGAUCGCGAAACCUUGCACGAAACAGGAGAUCGAGUUCUACGAAUCGAGUACACUCCACAAAGCCUUCCAAGAGUUCAUGCCCCUCUUCCUGGGAACGCUCUCGUCCGCUGAUCAGCAAGAGCCACUGGCGAUUGCUGCCGCCCAGGAAACGGGCGCUCACUUUGUUCCUGGCCCUGCUGAGCCCUCAGCUGCUCCCCCCACCCAAGCCCAAGCGGAGGGGGGCCCCGCCGCGCCAAAUGCCGGCAAACCCAGCCACGUGCUAGAACAACACUGGGUGCCGUCCGGGGGCAAGAAGCUGGAAACGGGCUUAUCUAUCGUCCUGGAAAACAUCGCUUGUGGGUUUCGCCGACCCAACGUGCUGGACGUCAAGCUCGGAGCUAGACUCUGGGCGGACGAUGCUCCGCCGGCGAAACGCACCAAGCUGGAUGCAGUGUCCAAGGAGACAACAAGUUCUUCCUUGGGAUACCGUAUUGCUGGGAUGAAGGUAUGGACGGGUGAAAAUGGUGGAACGGAUGAGGGCGCUCAUACCAACCCGUAUGCUACGAAAUACGAGGGCUCGGAGGGUGCAAAGGGAGAAGUCAUUGAGAAGGACGGGUACCGAAGAUAUGACAAGUGGUAUGGGCGCUCAUUCAACGAAGAGAAUGUGAAGCAGGGGUUUGAGACCUUCCUCGCCGGAGCCAAAGUUGGCAAGGUGGACCGCUCUAAAUUGGUUGCUGAGCGGUUGGCUAAGGAGUUGAAAAACAUCCAAGAAGUUCUUGAGGCUGAAGAGAGUCGUAUGUACUCUGCCAGCGUAUUGGUGGUUUACGAGGGCGAUCCAGAAGCGAUGGAGGAUGCAUUAGAAGAGGAAAAGAAGAUCCCCGAUCCAAACGAUCAGGAAGAAGAAGAUGAUGAUGACGACGACGAUGAAGAAAUUGGCUUCGAAAUAUCAGAACAAGCCUUGGAGCUUGUUGAUGCCAAUGGAACCCCACAAACAGCCAUCAACAUCAGCAUCGAUCCUCAGACAAUGGAGAUGCCCACAAUAGUUGACGAAGACGACGAAGAAGACCCACCAAAAGUCCACGAUCUCCGCGUGAUUGAUUUCGCCCAUGCCAGAUGGGCCCCAGGGGAAGGGCCGGAUGAAAACAUGUUGAUGGGGAUUAGAAGCUUAGUCAAGGUCUUUGAGGAACUUGCUCUGUGA